CGUCGACUGUUUUUCUCGCCGGAGAAUCUCUCAGUAUGUCUAGGUCACCGAACAAACACGGCCGCGAUCAAACUCAGGGAUUUUUGAAUGACUUGCAGGAUUGGGAACUUUCAUUGAAGGAUAAGGACAAGAAAAUCAAGCAGCAACGCGCUAAUUCAUCGAUUCCGAGUAGUGAGAAAUUCAGACCAAGUGGUUCAGGGCAAUAUGAUUUUGUAAAAAAAAAUUAUGGUUCCAUUAGUGAUUUGUCGAGUAGUUUGAUCGGAGAAAGUCUCUUGGAUUCUAAUUCAGAGAAGGAGCAGGGAAAUGAAUUUUUCAAGCAGAAGAAGUUUAAUGAGGCGAUUGAUUGUUACUCUCGAAGCAUUGCUUUAUCGCCAAAUGCUGUUACUUAUGCAAAUCGAGCAAUGGCUUAUCUUAAGAUCAAAAGAUAUCGAGAAGCGGAGGUAGACUGCACAGAAGCCUUAAAUCUGGAUGAUCGUUACAUAAAAGCAUACUCACGCCGAGCAACAGCCAGAAAAGAACUCGGCAUGAUUAAAGAAGCCAAGGAAGAUGCUGAGUUUGCUUUAAGAUUGGAGCCUGAGAGCCAGGAAAUUAAGAAGCAAUAUGCCGACAUCAAAUCUUUGCUCGAGAAAGAAAUCAUUGAGAAAGCCACUGGAGCAAUGCAAAGCACUGCACAAGAAUUACUCAAAACAUCAGGUUUAGAUAAGAGAAUACAAAAGCCAAAUACAGAGACUUUGAAGCCGGUGACCCUAGGGGCCAAAACGAACAGGGAUAUGGUUCGGUCUGUUCCAGGUAGCAAGGAAAGUUCGGGAAAGAAGCUCAUUGAAAAUAUACAACCUGAGGAGAAACGCAAAGAAGGUCCCAAGAAAAUUCCAGCUAUCACGGAAAAUCUAGACAGCAAGAAAGUGACGCCUAGAGUCCAAAGUUAUGAAAAGGAGGCGAAGUCUUCUGACAGAAAUGGUACUCAGCCUCCUGGACAGGGAAACCAGGUUUCUAAAAAGCUGGAACUAAAGCCAUCAGUACAAGAGCUUGCUGCCCAUGCAGCGUCACUUGCGAUGUCUGAAGCUUCUAAAAACAUUAAAGCACCAAAAUCUGCUUACGAAUUUGAGAACUCUUGGCGGAGUUUUUCUGGCGACCUUGCGCUACAAACCCAAUUGUUGAAGGUCAUGUCGCCGAGCACUUUACCUCAGAUUUUCAAGAACGCCUUGACUUCUCCGGUACUGGUUGACAUAAUAAAAUGUGUAGCCUCAUUCUUCACUGAAGACAUGGAUUUGGCUGUUAAAUACAUUGAGAACCUAACAAAGGUUCCUAGAUUCAACAUGCUCGUCAUGUGCCUUACCUCAACCGAGAAAAACGAGCUUCUGAAGCUAUGGGAAGAUGUUUUCUGCAGUAAAGCAACUCCAAUGGAGUAUGCAGAGCUCUUAGACAAACUGAGGUCAAGAUACUGCCUCAAACAGUAACUUAGGUGAUGGCUCUUUUUAGCAGCGUACAUGGUGAAGAUUUUGCACACCCAGUAGGCCAGUAAGCAUUUCUCAAUGAUCAUGAAACAGUUUUUUGUUUGCAGUCCAGAAAGAUACCGGUUCUGGUUUUGUUCAUAUAUUUACCGGAAAAAUGUAGAAUAUAAAAACCAGGAUAUAUA